AUGAGAAAACAAAAUCGUCCCAAUCAAACAACCAGAAAACAGAUGCAAAAUUUAACGGUUGAGCUGUUUUCGAGAGACAAGAACGCUCGUCGUCAACUUCUUGAUGAAGCUCUCUCUGUUUCUCCGCCUUCUGUUCCUGAGCCUGUUGCCGUCGUCGUUCCAGAGACUCCGCCUCCUGUACCAACACCUGAGCCAAUUCAAGAACUUGUGCAGGUUCUUCUUGCUCCUGAGCCAUGCGAUCCCAUUCCGAGAAAACCAAGAAGCCCGAGAAAAUCUAUCUCCACUCGUCCGAAGCCAAAAGUUUCCGAUGGUAAACUCAAAGGGAAGCCAGAAGCUCCUAAAGAGAAACCGGCAACAGAGAAUGUCGUGAAUGAGGAGCCCACUGCAACUCCAGAGCCUGAACCAAAUUCUGUGACAUCCGAAGAAACAAUUGACAGUGCUCCUCAACGUAUUUCAGCCGAGGAGAUUGUUGAUAACAACGAGUAUGCGGAGAAGGAGGUUCCUGCCGUUUCAGAAACAGUUGUUCAAGAAGAACCCCCAGUUUCUGUUCCUGAAGAUCCAGUUCCAACUACCGUAACCCCAGUCGAAGAGGAAUACGUCACACCUCCUCCAUUGCAACGUAUUCCAUAUUCUGCUCAACAGAGCAAUCUGGCCAAUAUUCGAGCUGUCGCUGAGUCGAUGAACAUUGCUGCCAUUCGUUCGCCGCCUCAUCAACAAUCGUAUCAACCACAGGAACCAAUGUCAUUUGCUGCAUGUGUCCGUAAACAACCAUCAAUUGAGAGUAUGAGUGUUUCUCCAUCUCCCUAUUGUAAAUUCGAUGGGAAGACGAGUCCUUUCAACACUGGAGCUAAUGGGGGUUUCAGUAACCCCGGAGGAUUCGGAGGGUUUAAUAGGGAUCCAAACAAGAAUGUGAAUCCUUUUGCUAACCGCAAGAAGUUCAACUACGAAUAUGAUUCUGCUCCUUCGAACAACUCUCACUCGCCCUUCAAUAAUAAUCGUUUCUACAAUGAUCGUGCGGAGCAAAUGCGAGAUGUUUCGGACAGUUUCUCUUCGUUGAAUUCCAAACCAAAUGGAUUCAUGACUCGUGGAAUCCCACGAGAAAGCGCCAGCUCUGGAAUGCUUCCAAAUUGGUACAAAGGAAGAUCUUUCUCUACUGCCAGCUCCCACUACCCAUACAGCCAAAGAUCCAACUCUUCUGGACACUUUUCUGGAUUCUCCAAGCCUUCGCAUAGCACUACUUUGAAUAUUCCAUCUCAUGGUCAUGUGGAAGAUCUUGAUGGAUUUCUGGCAUCUGGCACUCAAUCGAAUCCCUUCUUGAGUAAAAGAUCAGACCUGAAUUUGAAGAAAGAGAGAUGGGCACGAAUGAAAGCUAAAAAGCGAAUGCUGAGAAGACCAAUUGAAGAUGAAUUUUAUGAGGAUCCAGACGAAGAGGAAGAAAUCCUUCGGGGAAACGGAGUUAUGCUCAAUCAAAUCGUUCAACAAAGUUCUACAGGACACUAUGAAGACGCCGAUUUGCUUCGGAAAUAUCGUCGGGACGUUGCUUUUGUGAAAGAAAGAGUGUUGAGUGCAAUCGAUGGAAACAUUGAUGGGAUCCGUGAUUUGAGAUUCCUGUUGGCUUCUGUUCAAACUUAUGGAAAUAUUGAUGGAGAGUGUAUGAUGGCUGAAUUGGGAUUGAACGAAUUCUCAUUGUUUUCGGGGAUCAUCGAGAAGUACCAUGCGAUUGUUGGACCAUGGCAAACUGACAACGAGUCACAAAGAAGACGAGCUAGCAGACAUGCAUUCGAAACUCAUCGCAUUCCACUUCAACACUCUAUUGCAACCGUAUCCAAGAGAAAGCUCGUUGAAGAAAUUUUGGGCCGCGUCGAGCCGAGCAUCGCUUGUCACCAAGGUGUAAAAGUUGGACUCUACAGCGACUCUUGCAAUGAAAAAACGAGAAUCGAGUUGAAUAUCAAGAACAAUUUCAAAGAUCCAGGAAUGUUGUGUGAUAAAAACGAUCGUAGAUUCAUUCUGGUCCUUCAAUCUGAACUUGAUUUAAUGGUGGAGAGUAUGAAACAUUUAGCAAAAACUGUUGGGUUUAAUUAUGAUGGUUUCCCAGUACAUCAAAACAAUUUUGUGAUCGUCGAAGCGUUUGUCGAGGCGAUUUCGGAUAUAAUGGGCGAGAAAGUCGACAUGGAGACGAUGCGUUGGUUCAGUCUGCUCGGACAGAAAGUGGAUGCAGAAGAAAGUGCUUCUCCGUGGGAACCUGGCACCGAUUUUCACUGUUCACGUCAUUCGGAACCAAAAAGCAAUUUCUGUGCGGCGGUUACUGUAGGAAGAACUUGUUGCAUUAUUUAUCACGUUCUCGGAAGCUUUUUCCGUCGAUACCAUCUUAAGAAGAUCCCGACUGCUCAUCAGAAUUCAUCAUCUUUCAACUCGAUGCAAUGA